CAAAUGUUAAAAAGUUAAAAAUAGUGAAACAUAGAGAGCAUUUCCUUAGCCAGAAUCGUACGAUUUGCCGCGAAGAUUACUCGAGCAUCCCAUUAGAAACCCGCUUUCUCUACAGAUUCAAAUCAAACCCUAAUUUCAACAAUUUCAGAUCCCAAAUUCAGGCUCAAAUCUCACAAAUUAUUGAUUUCUAGGGUUUGGCUAUCCAGUUCGAAAGCUUAUACAAUCAGCAAUGGGCGAACUGAGCAUGCAAGAGAUGCCUUUGCCAGCUCUAUUCGAGCAGGGUUCAAAAAUCCAUGCUUCCGCGGAAUCGAGCGUUGAUCAAGACACUGUGAGGAAAGGCUGCGAGAUUUUGAGACAGUGUGAAGAAAUGAUCGGUAAAUUAGGGUUGUUUUCUGUUAAUGAGACUAAAGAGGACAUUAGCACAGCUAAUCUCAAAUAUAUUCUGGUCCCCUAUUAUCUUGCAGAGCUAACAGAAAAAGUUGCAGACAAUGACAGGAUAAAAGUACUCAAAGCUUCACAAGCUAAGCUAAAGGAAUUCAUUUCAUUUUGUGAAACAAUGGAACUUGUUCCUGAAGAGGAGAUAGAAACAUCUACACAAGGUGGAGCUAAUUCUUCUGUAGAUCGUAGAGCUAAGAAGAUUGCUCGUUUCAAACGUCAAAGAGCUGCUGAGUCUAAACUACUUGAAAUUAAGGAGCGGAAAGAGCGUCGUGGACGAUCAACUAAAGCAGCUGCAUUGUCAAGUCCUGUUGAGACUGAAGAAGAUGAUGUGUUGGAUGAUGAUGGAGAAGAAGAAAGGGAGGCAUGGCUUACAACUAUCUCCUUGGGCCUCUGUAAGGCCUUUGAUCUGCUUGAAAUGCUGAAGAAAGAGGAAGAAAUACUAUCUGCUGUGAAGGAGAAGCAGCUUCAGGAUGGGGAGAGAGAAUUUUCUCAAGCAAUACUCGAUGAACGCACCAAAAAAGUAGAAACUUGGCAUCGCGAUGCUGCUGCUCGAGCACACCAUACAAAACCUGCAGCACCUAUCACCUGUGCCACUUUUGCACAAGAUGUCAUAGAAGGGAGGGCCAAGGUUUCACAGGCACAUGAACAUAAACAUCAACCUUUAAUUUUUGGACCUGCAAGUCUUGUUGGUAGGAACCCAACAACUGAACGGGAAAAAAUAGCUGCCCAGGUCUUCCAGCCUCAUUAUAGAUUGCCAACCAUGAGCAUAGAAGAAGCUGGAUUAACGGAGAUGAAUAUGAUGAACGAAUGGCAAGAAAGGAAUGUUAAGCUCAUGGAAGAAGCAAAUUCCUCAUGGUACAAGGACACCCCCAAGUCGAGGCCAGGUGAAGAUGAUGAAGAAGAUGAUGAUGACGCCGCCCAGGACAAGGCAAGAGCAUGGGAUGACUGGAAAGAUGACAACCCUCGUGGUGCUGGCAACAAGAAGCUAACUCCUUGUGGUUAAGGAAGUAGUUGCUGCAGAGUCUUAAGAGUUUACAAAAAUAACCUUUUUGAGGUAGCCUUCUAAAUUAAAACUCAUUGUCAAUGCUACACCAGUUUGUCACUCAGUUGAAAACUACUAUUUUAUUGUUGUUUUAUUUGUGCUUCAUUUUUGUGUUAUGUCUAGGUAGAUGAUGCAUUGUAAAGUGGUGGUUAUUGAAAGUUGAUAAUGUUAAUUUUUCUAGUAGAUGAUUGGAUUUGGUGUAACAACUGUAUCUUGAGAAUAUGGUAAGAGGAGGAUAACUAAUUUCAGUACUUAAA